CAAUCACGCUGCGUGAUUGACACAAUUCCUACUAAAUCUACGAAGAGGCCACAUAACAAACUCUCUCUCAAACCUCUCAUCUCAAAAGAGUCGGACCAAAUAGAAACGAAGAGGAGGGAGAAGCGGAACUGAACAGCUAGGGUUUUCUUUCUCGUCCACUCUCGUGUCUGCGAUUUCCUCUUCUCGCCAGAUUUCAUUGACGCAAUGUCUCGUGUCUACGUGGGUAAUUUGGAUCCUAGGGUUAGUGAGCGCGAGCUUGAGGAUGAAUUCCGGAAAUUCGGUGUGAUCAGAAGUGUUUGGGUUGCCCGACGACCUCCAGGUUAUGCUUUUAUCGACUUUGAUGACAAAAGGGAUGCUCAGGAUGCUAUUCAUGAGUUAGAUGGUAAAAAUGGAUGGAGGGUUGAGAUGUCCCACAACUCAAGAGGUGGUGGCGGUGGCAGAGGUGGAGGUGAAGGUGGUAGAGGUGGAGGUCGGUUUGGAGGUUCAGAUUUGAAGUGCUACGAGUGUGGGGAGCCAGGUCAUUUUGCACGUGAAUGCAACUCACGUGGUGGAUCAGGAAGAAGACGAAGCCGCAGUCCUAGAUACAGAAGGAGUCCCAGUUAUGGCCGAAGGAGUUACAGUCCUCGAGGAGGAAGAUCCCCUAGACGCCGUGCUGAUUCACCCCGCCGGAGCCUCAGCAGGUCGCCACCACCAUACCGCGGGCGCGAAGAGGCACCACCCUAUACCAAUGGCAAUGGUCUGAGGGAAAGACGCCGGAGCAGGAGUUAGAGAUUUUACUAUCAUAGCUUCGUUGAGAGCUAAAUGGAUUAGACAUGUUUAUUGUAUUGCGCUUCACUACGGCUAUGUUGGCUUCUGCAUCUUGGACUUGGAUAAGUUUUCUUCUUACUUCACUCUGGGUUUUUGUUUGUUUUUCAUAUUUUGAAGUAUCUGUAGGGAGUCGUACUAGUUAUUUGAGCUGGAUUGUUCCUUGUGGUGAUGCUAAAGACUGUGCUUUUCUUUUGUGUUGAGGUUUCGUCUGCAUCUGCUUCUGCUUCCAAUCUCCCGUUGGUUGUGUGGUUCUGCACUUCCAGUUUCAUUAUCUGCUGCCCCUGCGUUUGGGAUCUUCAAUUUUGCAUGGUUGGGGUCCCAUCGUACUACUUCUGUAGAUGCUUCUGUUUGAUUGAACUCUCCCGGCUAUGAUGCGACGCCCUCAAAUUCUUUUGGGACUCCACUUGUCUAGAUGCUUCUGUUUGAUUGAAAUCUCCAGGCUAUGAUGCGACACCCUCAUUCUAUUGGGAUUGCGCUGCCCUCAAAUUCAAUUGGGUUCUGUUGAGUUAACUUAAAAGAGAGCUGCUUCAAACACUUCUGGCAGGUACUUGCAUCUGUUCCUGGAAGUCAAAAGUUUACAGAUGUCGAGUUGAUGGUUUUAACUUUUCAGAUAUCUUAAACCAAGCAAUUGGAUUCUUGGCUUAUUCUGAAGCAUUUUAAGUCGUGUCCUGUCAAAGCAAAUCCCCUUUUGGUUUUCGUUUACUAGGGUUUGGUUCCAUGGAGGUAGGGUUUAUUUAUAUGCCAGUUUUUCAGAAGCACUUUUAAGUUGAGUCCUGUCAAAGCAUAUCCCCUUUUGGUUUUCGUUUACUAGGGUUUGGUUCCAUGGAGGUAGGGUCAUUUAUGUGCCAUUAUCUUAAAGCAUGAUGAAGUUUUGAAAACGUCAACCAAAUUGUAUGGAUGUGUGUCUUUGUUCUUCACCCGUUAAUUCGUUUAUUUGAUUUCGUAAUCUUAGAUCUUUAUGGCUUUCUCCAAGGUUUAUGUGUCUAAUGCACAAAUAUAUGCAUCUUUGAUUGAUAUUUGUGUGAAAGUGGUUCUUCAUUUGUCACGCGCCGAGGACUUUGGACUGCCUUGUCGAAUAGAAUGAACCUUCACUGAGAAUCUUCCGUGUCCUUGGUUGUUUGGAGAGCCUUUUUUCUCUUCCAAGUGGACCAGCCAUCCUAACCUCAGUGAAGCCUCGGGCUUUGUUGCCCUGCCUGGCUUAUAGCCGCAGCUCCACUCGAAAAGGAGUCCGAAUACUACAACUGUUGCAGAUUCGACGAGAAGUGGCUGCUGAUGGUCCACGCGAUCGACACGCGCGGCGCGGUGGACCGGUUCGGGUGCACGGAGUGCAGGAGGGAUUUGUACAAUGUUUCGGUGGACGGCCUUGGUCGGGAGCUGGACCAGUUCGGGGAGCCGCUGCCGGACGAUUAUUACGGAGGGUUGUCGUGCUGUUACGCGCACACGCGCUGUAAGGUUAAGGAGGGGUUCCACGCGCCGUCGAGGAUGAUUCGGUUGAGGUACUCGAUGACGUGGACCGAGUGGGAACCGUCGAUUGUUCCGAUUAGGGUUUACAUCUUUGAUAUCACCGAUGAGAUGAAGUUGAAGGUGAGUCGUGAUACCGGCGCGGUCACGGCGGAGCAUGAUUGCGGGCUUGAAUACAUGGUGGAGAGCUGCCACGUGAAUGGACCAAAGAACAACAUUAUUGCAGCAGCAGAAGACGACGAUGACGACAAGAGAUGUGCCGACUUCCAAAAAACCAUAGUGCCGAUGCCCAACGGUGGCGACGUGAUUUUUGGGCUCACUCACCUCCACGGCGGGGCCAUAAACUCCACCAUAUAUGGACAGGACGGCCGGGUUCUGUGCAAGACGGAGCCGAUCUACGGCGAAGGAGAGGAGGAAGGUUACAUCGUUGGGAUUUCCACGUGUCAGCCUGACCCGGGAUCCGUCUGGAUAAACGACGGUGAGAUGAUCGUUCACGAAACCGUCUACACGGCCGCACGCCGACGCACCGGCGUCAUGGGCCUUUUCUACCUCCUCGUCGCCGACCGCCGGGAAGAUACCCGUACUCCUCCGGCUACGAAUAGCUUCUUGCGCCUUCCUUCUUUGGUACGUACGUAACUGAUAGAUGAUUUUUGCGAAUCUUUAUCAUUUCAUAUGAUUAUCGAUUGAUCUAGCACGUGGUUAUAUAUAUGGGAAUUGACGUGUGGUUUGGGAGUCGUGAAUUGUGAUUGUUUUCUGUGAGAUUGUUACUGUUGUUUAUAAUGCAUUAUUUUAUUGAAUUUUUAGCAAGACACAAUACAUGGAUUGUUUUUUGUGAUGUGAGAGAAGUUAUCGGUCAAAAUGAAUGAUCGUUACAUCUCAGCUUUUAGUUGAGAUUGUUUUAUCGCAGCUUUUAUAUGACAUGCCAAUCACACAUACCAAACUCUGUAUGUUAACUUUACAAUGCAUCAAAUUCAUCGUGUAUGAUAUUAUACAUAUAUUCACAACGAGACAUGUAAUUAACAAUCAGAACGAACUUCCAAACAACCCGAAAUCCAAUACUUUUGGACCACUUGUUGGUUUUUCUGAUGAAUUAUUGGUGUGUGAUGGGGCAUGCUCAGCUGGCCGAGAAGGUGACCGUUGGGCCGGGAGUGACGGCGACGUCGACGUCGGGAGCCGUGGUGGGAGUUGGAUUGCUUCUUGUGGCUGCUGUGGUUCUUGUUGUUGUCGUCGUCGGGAAGAGGACAAAAACUGGAGGUGGUUGCACAUGGGUGUGAUCAAGAAUACUGGCCGCCGGCGGGGAAAAUGAGAUUAUCUGGGUGUGACGUGGAUCCGGCGGCCGGAGACUAUUGUUACUUAUGAUUAUUGUACGUCUUGGGCUUGGGUUUGUGUGAUGAUUAUGCAUGUUUGUGUGGGCCGGACGUGAUCGGAGCUGGAUUGGUUCUUGUCCGUUCGUUCGUUUGUUUUUAUUUAUUUAAUAAUUAUUUUCGUUUCGUCCAUUUUGGUCCCAGCCAGUGUGUCCGUCUGUGUCCGUGCAUGGGACAAAAUAAUAAAUAUAAAUAAAUAAAUAA